AUGAUUCGACGAAGUUCAGCGGAAACGCAAACUGGUGGAGGUGGUGGGAGUGCCACUGAAGGUGCUCGAAGCACAAGAAGCAAGGGGUCCACGAUUCAUCUACAAAGAUGGAUGACACAACUUCCCGAAUCUGAAGAAAUGGACCCACCAGAACCUGACGUCGAAAUGUGGAGUGUCGAAGAGCUCAGGAAAAGAUCUAAAGAGCUAAACCUUUUAGAAGUAGCAGAUCUAGUUGUAAAGACUUCUGAAAAUAAGGGUUCCUCUCCUGGAGAGAAGAAAGAGAACGAAAGGAGUCCUUCCAAAAGCAGUAACUCGGGAAGUCAGAUCACCGUCAGAACGAGUCCUGUAGUCGUAGAUACUAUACCAGUGUGUAGACAGUGCCAUAAAAAAUGUUUAUCGAAACCAAAUAGUCCACAAAUUUCGCAUAGAGAGCCUCUUAGUCAAAAAGAACUAAAUAAAUUAAAAACAGAACCCUCACCGCAAAACUCAAACUCUAAUAAAAGUUCUAAUAGUACAUGUAGUGCAAACUGUGGUAAUCGUAAGCCAAAAAAUUUUAGCUGUCACUUAGAGCGUAAAGGUGCUAUGAAGUUACGUCCAGAAGAUGCUCCUUUGGCAGCCUUGAAAGUAAUAGAUUCUAUCGAGCAAAGUCAGAAAAUGCUCAAGUCUACUUCAUAUGAACUAAAAACUGAAUCACCUGUUUUAAAUCGAAGUGUCCAUUCUAACCGUAGAAGUCAUACAAAAAGUCAUUUGGAGUUAAGAAAAGAUAAUUCUAUCAGAACUCCUAGUCCCUCAUCUAGUAGUAGAAAUAAUAGUCCCCUCUCUACUAGUCAUACAACAUGUAGCUCUAUGGUUUUUAACUCUAGUUCUAAUGACUUAAGAAUGUCCAGUUCAAAUAUUGCUAACCAAAUACAGUGUGUUAUUGCACAGGAGAAAUAUUUAAAUGAAAUCAAAUGUGUAGAAAAUAUUACUCUUUCGAAGACAAAAGUAUCUACAUCAAGUUAUCCUUCACCUAAUUCGGUGAGAAAAGAACAAAUAACAAGACAAAAGGCUGAGAACGUACUAAAUAAAGUAUUAGGUAUGAAUAUUGUAGCUAAAAGAGAAAAUGUGGGCACGUGUUUAAAGACAUCAUCAGUUUUUUUAGAAGACGAUACUAUUCACGAGGAUGAUAAUGAUUUUAAAUUAGAUAAGGGUAAACGUAGAUCUCCUAGGAUGGGUAUAUCUGCGGUUAGCAAAAUGAAUGGAGAUAUUAACAAAAAGACUGAAAGGAUUGAAGAUUUUAAUGCGAACAUUAAUCCUAGUGAAAUUGGCUCUGAUGAUGACUUAGAAUUAGGUCCUCUAAUGUUAAUGGGGUUAUCAGCUAUAAACCCGGCAGCUCACCUUAUGCGUGUUGAACCAUUCAAACGAGUCCCGGGAACAAAUAUAGCGAAUAUAACAAGACCAGGUAGCCUAGGUCCCGCUAAAUCUGAAUCUCCCGUGCCUAAUAUAGCAGUAGUCCCACCGACUCCAGAUUAUAAUACCACUAAUAAGACUGACACGCUUGUAGAUGAAUCUCCUGAUUCUCCAGAUGUACCUGAGGAUCUUCCCUACGUGUCUCUCAAACGAUAUGGUACUAUGUCAAGCCUCGAGAGACUACCAUCCGAUGAGACUGACGAUGGCAACGUAAGACUGACUACGGAGGAGCCAGAAACUAAUAUACAUAAUCCAGUAGUAGCAGGUACAGCAAGCGGUAUUAUGGGCUGGACAGCGCGGGCUGGAUCCUUCGUCGUGGAGAAAAUGAAUAUUUUUAGCUACACAGAAAGUGUUCCCAAUACCUCAAUAGCACACAAACAACCAUCGUUUUUAGAAAGAUGCUUGGGUGUAAGUGACUGGAAAACAACCGAAGAAGGAACAGCGGAGACUGGAGAAGGAAGUGGUGCUAGUGGUGAAGAAGCAUGGGGUACACCUUCUUCUGGAGACUUAUCUGAUAAUCUUCCUGACUCCGAGCAUGGAACACUAUCGUCGCCUACAAAGUCUUCAUCAUCCUAUGCUGGUGAUGAUGAUACAGAAUUAAUGAUGGACGAACUUCUAAUGGCACCAACUAUAACCGGGCCUACUACCUUGAGACCUUUAUUACCAAGAGAUGUUUUUAGAAGAAGACUGGAGCCUCUUCUUGAAGAGGAAUGUUCAGACAGCGGGAGUGAAGAUAAUAAACCUACGCCAACCAACUCUGAUGACCAGGUUGAAUCUCACAUUAUGACUGGUCCGCUGGUGCGGCGCUUGGCGCAGGGCAGCGGGCUUGGUGCUGACGACUGCUGCGACGCGCCGCACCUGCCGCCCUCUGCUUCAGAAAUAGAAGCAGGGGGCGGGGGUGCGGAAGGCGUUCCAGUUGCUGGAGAGAAGUCAGAUGUUGGCGCCGAAUCAGAGCUGAGCCCAGAACGGACACCUACCAACGAGGUGCCUUCGAUGCCCUUACAAUCUGUUUCAAAAGAGUAUGUGGAGGUGCGAGCCGUUGCUGGUGUGGCCGGUCGUCGGGGCUCAGCCAGCUCGGCAAGCACUCCCUCCACACUCGAGCGUACCGCUAUCCACAACCCUACACCACACCAAACACUUUCACCGGCUUCGGAGCCAGCACCAGCUGUGGAAGACCCCUCACUACAGAAAGAGGAGAAGCCACCAAUGCCGGAGGAGCGGCUCAGUCCUCGAGCGGAGAUGAGGCUAGCAUUGGACCAAGGGAAGGACAUGCUAGCCGAUCAGGAAGUGUCUUGGGUAUAG